AUGCAUUCCCAUGGAGCCCAGACUCCUGCGGCCCGCUGGCUGGGGCAGUAUGGGAGCAAGAGGGAAAGGCCCUGCGCGGGCGGUGCAACUCUAGGCGAGCUCGAGGGAGGAGACGCUAGAAACCUUAGUGCGGCUCCAACAUCGGACUCGGAGGUUAGCCUCGGUGGAGGGUCUGGCGGCAUCAGGGAACCCCGCAGCCCCGUCCGUGUUGGCCGUGUUUUGUAUUCUUUCCACCUUGGGCGCAGCGGGCCGAGGCCGAACCGACAGCAGCCGCUAGAAAGCGAAAAGGUGGGUCCAGCAAGGUCGGGUCUGUGGGGCACGUUAGAUCAGAUGGCCCUGCGGCGCAGACGACGAGGCCGUCCGCCGGCACAGUUCUUGUACCCCCACCAUAAUAUCGGCCCUCUUUUUUCGCUACACCGCUUUGGUCCUUUCGCGACCACCCGAGCCGGCCCCAAAGGCGCCACCGCCAUGCGGACGAAGGAGACCAUUUAUUGGGAAUGA